AUGCCGUCCGGCCUCUAUCAUAUUUGUAGUCCCUUAGUCAGCAAUUAUGCCAUCCGCGAGAAGAGCAUGUACCAUCAGCUAACCAUCAUGCCGUCAUUGACGCUAGAAGGAAACACACUCGGCGAGAAGCGCCGACACUUCAACAAACUCGUCGCAGACGCAGUCGCUAGCAAACAUUAUGAACUAACGCCGAUUGGUGACACAGACAGCGACAUAGACAACCUUCUGAAAAUAGAAAUCGCGUGUAAAGCCAGAAAUGUAGACUACGUCAUCGAAGUAAUGAAAUCCAAAGACAUGCUGUAUGCGGCGACAGCUAUUAAAAAGUCCACGUGGCUAAUCACCGACCCGCAGUACGCACACAUCAUCAACCCUGACACGAUGGCGAAAAUAAAGCGCACAGGGUUUGAUAAUGAACCUGCUUUUAGUGAAACUUUACACGUGGUAGAGAAGAUGCUUAUUUUGUUAAAAGAUUUUAAUAAAACACUCGCUGAUUACCCAUCCAUAAUCGAACAAAUCCAAGAACUAAUUAAAACAAAAGAAGAGAACAAAUGGACCAUAGACAUGUCAUGCUUAUACAAUGUGAACAAAUCGUGGCGCAAGUACAUGUUUGAGGAGUCGCUGUCGCUCUCUCUGUCCGAGGAAACGUGCCUGAACGCUCUGAAGCACAAGCCACAGCUGCUGACGCGUCACGACAAACAAAUACACACGUUGCGGACUGACGACGCGGUCUCACUGCGGCGUGUGCUCGCGAAGCUGCGCGUCUACUGGCCGGACUCACUCGCCCGACACUGGAUAGAAGCUUAUAUGCAAAGUUUAAAUCAAUCAACAGGACAUGCCGCUAUAAUCAAAGGUCUUUUCGUGCUUUUGUCCCAAAGCCAAGUCAUAGAGUUGGCAAAAAAAUAUGUCCCAGAAUAUUAUAAAAUAAAUUGGGGUCGUACUGACCACGCCGAAAUUUAUAUUCGAAUAAAUAUCGCAAAAUAUCUACACCUAGCCAGACCACUCGUUCCUUUGGAUACAGUACUAUGGUAUGCUAAUGGUGACUACGUACAAUACGCAAUUCACUCGCAUAUUGAUAUUUGGUCAACUCUAAGUGAAGUAGACAGUCUGGAGAAUUUACCAAAACUUUACAAUGCACCAGUUACUCUAUUAAAAUUCGUACUUAAGCAAGCAUUUUUAAAAUUAAAAAUAAGUGACGUCAUAAACGUUUUUUGGAAAAUUUGGAAAUCUACUAAGAUUUCAGCAAUCAAAUCAAUUAUUUUUGAUCAUACUUCUCAUGAAAUACAAAACUAUUAUGACAAUGAAACAGUUCAAAACGAAUUGUGGAAGUUACUUAACAUGUUUUUAGAUGACUUAAGUUCAGAGGGUGAAAAUACAGACAUUUGUAAACAAUUAACUAAUUUUGAUGUAAUUCCCUAUGAAAAACGACCAGAAUAUUACACGAAGGUUUGUCCAUACCUAACAUCGUUACCCGAUAGUGAACAAUAUUUAAAUGAAUUGUUGUACUUCACAUUUCGUCAUAUAGAAUUGUUGGAUGAAGACAUAGUUUUUAAUUUAUUAUCACCCGUAGAAACCAAAUUUUUUUCUUCCAGUACUUGGAUGAUUGAUUGUUUUGUUAAUUUUUUAUUAUAUGGAAAAAGUGAGGAUAAUCAGCUUGAAAGAUUUAAAAAGGUAGAACCAGCAUUUGAUAAAGUGUUUCAGAAUUGGUAUAUCUUAAGUUCAUGUAAGGAAAACUUUAAUACUUUCUUACAUACUUCUACUCGUCAUUUCGCAACAGAUUAUGGUAAAGUAAUACCAAUACCUGCAAAACUGUUUGCAAAAAUAGAAUCUAAAAUGGCCAAUGGCUUGUCAGUGUUAGAAAACUAUAAAUUGCUAACUAGCUGGAAGCUUAUAACAGCUUAUGUUAGAACAUUAAAAGAUAAUGAACAAUGUGUUGAAGAAGCAAAUGAUAGUCAUUAUACUGAUUGGGAUAUCUCUCUCUUAUUUGGUCCAAUAAUCUUACAAUAUUUAAAAGAGGACACUAGCAAGUAUGGUCCAAUGAUACACAAUAUGUUUGCGUCUGCUCUGGAACAAAUGUUUCAAAUGUUAUUCAUACGUGAUCAUGUAAUAACGAUGACUUUGAAACACAUGUUGAGUGACGAUGAUUUCAUUCCUGCAUAUUUAGUUGUAUCUAAGAUUAUGCCUAAAAAUGCGUGUGAAGAGACAAAACAUGCACGAUCAGAAAUAUGUCAAAAAUUUAAAUCGAACGGUUCGAUAUCAGUACAGGCCCAAUUUAACUACGAUUUUCGUGAGUACGUGGAAGAUGAAGAGCAUGAUAACUAAUUGUUGCGUUAAAUAAGCACUAAAAUAAAAAUAUAUAACUUCUUUAUAACCAAAUGAUGAAUUGUAUAAUUCUUUUUAUAUUGAAUAGUCCAUUAAUA